AUGGCUUCUGUUGACCGUAUUGAAUCUCGUGACUCCGUUGAGUUGGCCAAGGAGAACAUCGAAAGAGAAAUUGCCAACCAAGACUACAUUGAGGAUGACUCCAAUUUACCAGGACCAUCCCCUACUGAGGAGGAGCUCACCACCCUUCGUAAAAUUGCCGACACUCUGCCCACCUCUGCAUGGCUUGUAGCUGUCGUUGAAUUGUGUGAGCGUUUCACUUACUAUGGUGUUUCUGGAGUUUUUCAAAACUAUAUGCAAAUUCCUCUUGACAGUAAGAGACAAAAUGGUGCUCUUGGCUUGGGUCAAUCAAAGGCCACUGCUCUAUCAUAUUUCUUCCAAUUCUGGUGUUAUGUUACUCCUAUUCUUGGUGCUGUCAUUGCUGAUAAGUGGCUCGGAAAGUACAAGACCAUCUGCGUCUUUGCUGGUAUCUACAUCAUUGGUACUUUGGUUCUUUUCGUUACUUCUCUCCCCACUGCUCUUGAACACGGUGCUGGUCUCGGUGGUUUGAUUGCUGCUAUGAUUAUUAUUGGUUUGGGAACUGGUGGUAUCAAGUCGAAUGUUUCUCCUCUUAUUGCUGAUCAAUACACCAUUACUAAGCCCUAUAUCAAGACCCUUAAAAAUGGUGAAAGAGUUGUUGUUGACCCUGCUCUUACUGUACAAUCUGUUUUCAUGAUCUUCUAUUUCUGUAUCAACCUUGGUUCUUUGUCUGCUAUUGCCACCACUGAGAUGGAGAAGAACAUCAACUUCUGGGCUGCUUACUUGUUGCCUUUCUGCUUCUUCUUCGUUGGUAUCGCUGCUCUUAUCAUCGGUAGAAACAAGUAUAUUAAGAGACCCGCUAUGGGAUCUGUUAUUCCUGAUGCAUUCAAGAUUAUCAUGAUUGGUGCCACUAACGGCUUCAACCUUGACAAGGCCAAGCCCUCUGUCCGUAACGCUGAUGGUCAAUCUGAGGUUCAAUGGAGCGAUUUGUUUGUUGAUGAGGUUCGUCGUUCAGUCUAUGCCUGUAAGGUCUUCCUUUUCUACCCCGUUUACUGGGUUGUAUAUGGACAAAUGAUCAACAACUUUGUUUCCCAAGCUGAUCAAAUGGAACUUCAUGGACUCCCCAACGAUAUCAUGCAAAACAUUGAUCCCAUUGCCAUUAUGGUCUUCAUCCCUAUCAUGGAGAGAAUUGUAUACCCCGCUUUGAGAAAGAUUGGUAUCCAAUGUAAGCCCAUCACUAGAAUCUUCUGGGGAUUCGUCUUUGCUUCUCUCUCUAUGGCCUACUCUGCUAUUGUCCAACACCUUAUCUACAGUGCUGGUCCUUGUUAUGACCAUCCAUUAAACUGUCCUGCUUCAAUGGAUGGUGUCAUUCCCAACAAAGUGCACGUUGCUAUUCAAACUCCCGCCUACUUCUUCAUUGCUAUUUCUGAAAUCAUGGCCUCCAUCACUGGUCUUGAGUACGCUUAUACUAAGGCUCCUGCUAACAUGAAGUCGUUCAUCAUGUCCCUCUUCUUGCUUACCAAUGCUUUGGGUGCCGCCAUCGGUAUGGCUUUGUCUUCAACUGCUGUUGAUCCUAAGCUUGUUUGGAUGUUCACUGGUUUGGCCAUUGCUACUCUUAUCAGUGGUUUCAUCUUCUGGUUCCUAUUCAGAUCUUACAACCAACUUGAAGAAGAACUCAAUGUUAUCGAUGCUGAUUAUGCUGCCGAAAUGAAUGCUGAGAUUAAGCACAACAUGCAUGCUCAUGGUAACGAUAACGAUGCUGAAAAGCAAAAUGCAUAA